CUACGAUCGUCGGCAUGAAGCAGCUGCCCGCCGGAUUAUAGGACCGUUUUAGAGCACGCGAUAUUGCGCGUGGAGAUAUAGAGAUAACAGCUGUUCUCCCGAUUUAACCCCGCGAUCAAUUCCGCCAAACACCUAGCCAAAGGCUGCCUACCCUUAUUUCGCUACUGGUGUGUGGCAGGCGGGUCUUCUCCAGUAUUUUUCACCAUUGAUCAAAGCUUUCGCCGUGGGGUAGUCCAGAUUCCUCUAGAAAAGCUUUGAGGCAGAUGGAAAAUAUGUCGGAACAGGAGAGGCGCGAAUAUUUAUUGUUCUCCCGCGCAGCAUGGAAACUUGAUCAGAAAACAUAUACCUUUGGUUGAACUUGGACCAUUCUUAGUCAAAAAACGUGUUUUUUGGGCUUUAAAGUUUCCUAGCAUGUUCCUGCUCACAAUGAGCGACGCUCCCGCCUUGAAGUCGACCAGCCUGGCCCGCAUCCGCGACAAUCAGCGGCGAUCGCGUGUCCGCCGCAAGGAGUACCUGCACAAGCUAGAGACGAAGCUACGUGCUUACAAGCAGACGGGCGUUGAGGCGGCAGCUGGAGGCCAUGGUUUGCUCUCCGAUGCAGCUAGUGUAUGGAGGGGUACCAGGGCCCUCUCAAUCUCGCUUUUUCCCACCAGGUGUUGAUGAAAAUAGAGCGUUAGAAUCAGCCCGCUUGUGUACACCUGAGUAUGGUGUUCCUAGAUGGCACGUGCUCGCGGAGGACGCCAGCGUUUGAAGGGAUACGCCCGUCAGACAGUCCCGUUACGGGGGCGACGAGGCAUCUACUUUCCUCCUAUGGAGGCUGCACUACUCGCAGCGUGAGAUCACCCUUGGAACUUUUAACACUGUCCUAUAUGCGAAUCCACACCCUCCAACACCACGACGGUUAUGGGCUGAGCUUACUUGAUUACCACAAGUAAAUUAA